CUCUGCAUUUGGUAAUAUUGCAAAAUGUAUUAUGUAAUAGUCUUGCAAUUUUCCACUGAGGUGGACACAUUCGAACUACAAGCAGACCCCCGAAACUCACCUGUGAAGAAUUAAAUGACUGUUAAAUUCCGCAAAAACUGUUGUCAGCAAUUCCAAACACGCACACGCGCACACAUGCGCAAACAUGUGGCGUCUUUUUCAACCUUGGCCUGCAGACUUUGCUGUUUCUGUGCCCACUGCUGUGGCUUUUUAAGUGGGGCCAAGAUAUGCUUGAGGGGUUGGUGUUAUAAACAUUCUGAGUGUGUGUAACCAUCCCGUGGGUGGGUGGGUGUGCUCACUAUCAUGAAAGCAUCUAUUGACAGUGAAAAAGGGGAGGCUGCUGAAGCUGAAGCUUAUCCAAAUCCCAGAGAAGGAGGGAGGAAAAGCUCCUGCACGAGAAUACAGGGGAAAAAAAGAAGAAACACACAAAUAAUUUUCUUUGUACAGGAAUAGCAGAUUUCACAGAAGCUCCUUGACGGACAAAUCGACUGUACCCGGUGACUGUGCCAAGGCAAGAGUCCCAAAGAUGAAGAGCCUUCUUCAACUUCUUGCACUCUGUGCCCUGCUCUCACUGUGUGCCUCUCUUGACGGGAGGAGAACUACCGGGUCAAAUUCAGACUCCAAUGAAAGCACAGAAUCCAGUGAAGAUGUGUUUGUGGCUCCGAGACGAGCCAAUUCCUUCAUCACGCCACAGAGACACACCGUAUACAAUUUACCCAGAGGAAACGGCUACAACAGUUACUUUAUGAGUCGGAGGGUAAAGACUCCUGCAGAGAGACGUGCAGAGACCUGCGAGGAUUACUCUCCCUGCCGCUACUUCGCCUAUCACCAUGGUUACCAGGUGGCCUAUCGGAGAUACUUUGGGACCCGCGUUCCAGAGCCGAGUACUGCGAGACGCGUUUCACAGCAGAGGAGACCAUCUUCAUCUCGUCGAUAUUAAACACACUCCCCCCCCCCCCCCGUGCACAAACAACAGUCAACCAACAAAUGCAAAAAUCUCUACGACAUUUCCAACAGAUACAUUUCAACAGGGACUUAUUAUAUAUGAUUUAAAUUAGAAUGGUGGCCUCUUCAGGAUGUGGUCAUUAUUUUUAUGAUGAAUUCCCCCGUACAUAACAACCCAUCAUUAUUCACGCUUCAUUGUUUGUAUCAGUGGAGCAAGAACGGCUUUAUCCAACAAUCCCAUCUUCCCAAUUUAAGAUGUGUGCGUUAAUGUUUUGCUCCUAAUAUAUAUAUAUUAACCAUUUACUCCUUUAACCGCAUGUCAUCACUAUUCCUGAUCCACCCGCAGCUCUGCUGUCAGUGAGAAAAUAAAAAUAUUUUAUUUUA